AUGGAAAGCAACCAAUCAUGGGUCACAGAAUUCAUCCUAGUGGGAUUCCAGGUCAGUGAAGACAUGGAAAUUCUUCUCUUCUGGAUCUUCUUCCUGUUAUACAUCUUCAGUCUGCUGGCAAAUGGCAUCAUCUUGGGACUCAUAUGGUUUGACCCGCGAUUACACACCCCCAUGUACUUCUUCCUCUCACACCUGGCCAUCAUUGACAUCUCCUAUCCUUCCAGUAAUGUACCUAACUUGCUGAAAAACCUAGUGCAGCACAAUAAAACUAUCUCCUUUGUCUCGUGCAUUGUGCAGAUGACCUUGUGUUUGACCAUUGCUUCCACAGAGUGCAUGAUAUUGGUGGCGAUGUCCUACGACAGGUAUGUGGCCAUCUGCCACCCUCUCCAGUACACCAUCAUCAUGAACUGGAGAAGGUGCACAGUCCUUGCUGUCACUUCCUGGGCAUGUGGAUUUUCCCUGGUCCUAUUACAUCUAAUUCUCUUUCUAAGGCUGCCCUUCUGUGGACCCCAGGAGGUGAACCACUUCUUCUGUGAAACUUUAUCUGUCCUCAAACUGGCCUGUGCUGACACCAGGAUCAAUACAAUUAUUCUCUGUGCUAUUGGUGUGUUUGUCUUAGUUGGGCCCCUUUCCUUGAUGCUCGUCUCCUACACAAACAUCCUCUGGGUCAUUCUGAAGAGCCAGUCAAAAGAAGGCCGCAAAAAAGCCUUUUCCACCUGCUCCUCCCACAUGUGUGUGGUUGGACUCUACUUCGGCAUAGCUAUGAUGAUUUACAUGGUCCCAGACAGCAGUCAACGAGAAGAAGAGCAGAAAAUUCUUUUCCUGUUUUACAGCCUUUUCAAUCCGUUGCUUAACCCUGUUAUCUACAGUCUGAGGAAUGUUCAGGUAAAAGAUGCCUUCUACAGGGUACUGCGGCAAAAGAGGGCCACUUGA